UUACUUCUCGUACAGUCAGCCUGUCAUUUUCAUUCGGCUAGUUUCUUAAAAAAAAAAGGUCGCAUCCCUGAUUCAAAAUUUGAUUCAAAAUUUUUACGCCACCGCAAAAGUGACGACGACGUCCAACAGUCCGGUCCAGUGAAGAGUGCAGUGCAGAGCCAUUCCAAGCCUCCCAGGUUAGCAGUUCCUCGCAGUUUCCGCGACAAGUUCCAAGGAGUUCCGACCGGGCCGACAUUACCUUCCUUCCACCGCCAACCCCUGUGUCCGGUGUUAUCCAGCUCACAUCCUCGUCCGGAGAGCAUCCGUUAUCCGGAGGGACUCGUAGGUGCCCAACCACCAUGAUAGUCUCGUCGAGAACCUAGCCUAGAAAUCGCGAGAGGUGGCCGCAAGGACUGCGGUGAGAGAGGGAGACAGUGAGCGAGCGGGGCCAAAGGACGUUUGUUGAAUGCCCAGUCGAGUGACGGGGAAGAAACCACACAGACGGGCCGAGGAUCGAGUCGGGAGGACUAUGGUCUAGAGAUCGGAGAUUCGAAUACACAUCGACAUACUAUUUGGGCGUCAGACGACACACAAGGACACGAGCCUUGAGGUCCUUGAGAAGAAUUAAAAAUUAUAGGUGAAAAACAAAAAACCACUACGAUACUGAUGCCACAAGGAUUCAGAGGAUUAGGAGAAACUGAAACAAGGACGAGACAGUCUAAGAAAAAGGUUUACAGAGAUAAAUUCGAAAGUUUAGCGACAAGUAUCAGGAUUUCGUCGUGAAAUUCCGGGAAGCGUUCACUGAGAAAGAGAGUCAUCUGCCGGAGAGGAAGUGGAGAUCUUCGAGAGCACCUGCCGAGGAUCCAUACCCCCAAGUUGGUUUAUGCCACCCCAGAGAGUGGGUGUGUCCACAAAAAACAGGCCCAACGGCGUCCCAAGCGGUUCCGCGCACCCAGCCGGACAACGUUGCCGCGGCGGCGCGUAAGACAGAGUCCAUGGCGGAGGUGCUCAACCUGGACAGCAUCAUCUCCCGGCUGCUGGAGGUGCGUGGGGCUCGGCCCGGAAAGAACGUCCAGCUGUCGGAAGGCGAGAUCCGGGGCCUGUGCCUCAAGUCGCGCGAGAUCCUGCUGGCCCAGCCCAUCCUGCUCGAGCUAGAGGCCCCGCUCAAGAUCUGCGGCGACAUCCACGGCCAGUACUACGACCUGCUCCGACUGUUCGAGUACGGCGGCUAUCCGCCCGAGUCGAACUAUCUCUUCCUGGGCGACUACGUCGACCGGGGCAAGCAGUCCCUGGAGACGAUUUGCCUGCUGCUGGCCUACAAGAUCAAGUACUCGGAGAACUUCUUUCUGCUGCGGGGCAACCACGAGUGCGCCAGCAUAAACCGGAUAUAUGGCUUCUACGACGAGUGCAAGCGCCGGUACACGAUCAAGCUGUGGAAGACCUUCACGGACUGCUUCAACUGCCUCCCCGUGGUGGCGAUCGUGGAUGAGAAGAUCUUCUGCUGCCACGGCGGGCUCAGCCCGGACCUGACCUCCAUGGAACAGAUUCGCCGGAUAAUGCGUCCCACCGACGUGCCCGACCAGGGCCUGCUGUGCGACCUGCUCUGGUCCGAUCCGGACAAGGACACGAUCGGCUGGGGCGAGAAUGACCGGGGCGUGAGCUUCACCUUCGGGGCGGAGGUAGUGGGCAAGUUCCUGCAAAAGCACGACCUCGACCUCAUCUGCCGGGCCCACCAGGUGGUCGAGGACGGGUACGAGUUCUUUGCCAAGCGCCAGCUCGUCACCCUCUUCUCGGCGCCGAACUACUGCGGCGAGUUCGACAACGCCGGCGCGAUGAUGUCCGUCGACGACACUCUCAUGUGCUCCUUCCAGAUCCUCAAGCCCGUCGAGAAGCGCAAGAAGUAGUCCUGCCCCAUUUCCAGGUCUGCUAGCUCUCCGACUGCCAACACAUCCGCGGCCACUUGGGUCGUGGACAUCGUCACUCCUCCGAUUCUGACACAUUCCUCACACACUUUCCCUUUAGAUUGAGGUUCAGCUUGCAGCCAAUCCUGAUUGCUAGAUUUGUCUGUCGUCAACUGGAUCGAAGGAGAGCCUCCGCCCUCCGGCCCCCGGCCACGCCAGUGGGUCCUGAUUCGAUGUACUGAUGGUUUUAAUCCGCGCUUUGGUUGUAUGCAUGAAGCAAAUCGAUUUGAUUUCAUUUGAAGAGUUUGGAAGUCUUAAAAACGUGUUCUAAUGGCCUUACUAAAA